AGCGCGUGGUAGUUAGCUCACUCCACCAUACUCACUCACCUUCGCCCGGUAGACGUUGUCUUUGGUUGAGCACCGACCACUGCAAUGUCCGGGAAAUGUGACAGCAGUGAAGAAAACGCAGGGAGGACCAGAUAUAGGAUGAAAUGGACUAAUCAGACCUAUGCAGGCACCGGCAUUGUCUUGGUGUGCAUGCUGUCCGUGGUGUUGGUCGUAUAUGCUGUGGGAGAAUUUCCAGCUUCACCAAGCCGCGAUAGCAAGGCGCAAGCCGUCUCGUCAACGGACGCAGCGAAGGCCUCUACAGCCUCUUCAGCUGACAACGAUCCUUCAACCGUUUCUACUGGCCGGACUCCUGUUACUAAACGCUCACCAGCUGCUGCAGCGCGGCUGGCCCUCGCAGCUCGGGACAAGCGCAAGCACCCUUUUUUCUGUGCUGCCGGGCAGUACGCCUCCAGUCCUCGAGUUUACCCCAGGGACGGUUUAUGUGACGUCAUCUUCUACACGCACGUGUCCAUCCUGGAAGAAGUAAUCAGCCCCACAAACCCUGCCAGCUACGAAGCUUUCCGAAACAUGGCCCAGAAGGCUCAAAAGACGGAAUAUGGAAUUUCUUUACAUGCAAAAUAUCUAGCGUUGACCAUAAAUGACUUCAAUCACGCGCGCAAGGAUUUACUGUUCCGGUCGCUGUACAAGCUAGGGAUUCGCCACCACGGUAUUCUCAACUUCGACGGGUUUCAUGACGAGAGGGAGGCCCUUCUCCCGAGUGUCACAAGCGUCCUUAAGUUCCUGAAAAGCCUGCAGACGGCCGAGAACAAGAACUACGCGAAGAAUCCAAACUUUCUCGUUCUUGGCACCAAGAUUGUGUCUUACGACAUCCUCCUGAAGAUCAAGGAUUUCCGUGCAUUCCCUGCUGACUUAAAGAAAUAUGAGGGUUUGGCAAUUAACGUGCUGCUCGUCAACACUGCGCUGAACACGUCGCCUACAAGCGUCAGCGUCCCUCACCCUGUGUGCUACAAUGAUCCACCGACUGUCUGGAGGUCCUCGACGCCGCGACGGCAACAAUCUCCGUCAUUUUUAGGUGCCGUAGUGAAUAUGAAGGCGGCAAAUAUCAGUAAAUCCAUGGUCGUCCUCUUCGGCUUCACGAUGCUUGUCAAGUUUUAUACCAUGCCAGCGAUGCCGACAGAAAAGCAUGCCUUCAACCUCAAGUGCAAAACUUACUCUGCUGUCCCUUACAACCAGAUAUGCGAUCCCGACGCAAAAGCCGAGACGGACAAGGCGACCAAGACAGCGGCCGAGAUAGCUUUCACCUCUGCGCAUCCAAAACUUCCGUACUAUUUCUCCUGGGAUACGGGCGCGACUAUCACGGAGAAGAUUUCAACGAAGAGAAAAGGAAAGAUAAAUUCACAACGGCUCAUAGGCUGAGCAGGCGUCAGCAGUCUGCUGCUGCGUCGGAUUCUCCCGCAACAUGGCCGGCGCAGCUCAGUUCAACGAAAGCGCAACAGGUGGCGCUCAUUUUUGAAAAGGGUCACAGGCACAAGGGGCAAUGUGUGAUGACAGCUACCUUUCGCUUUGUGUUGCAGAAGAUGACUGCUUGUGUGAUGGUCAAGGUGUCGUACAGGUCGCACAGUGUGUCAAAUUUCCAUUCCUCCCUUUCGACAGCGACAAAGAACUGUCUGAUGCCCUCAAGUGUCAACUCAUCACUGUUUGAACGGACAAUCAUCAAGAAAAAUCAGACAAUAGGAACGAGUGAGGUAUCACGAACCAUUUCAACCAAAUGGUGCAUCAGGCAUCGUAACAUACCGGCUUGACGUGAACUUAUUCGUUCCAAAAUAGCCAUAUUCGUGAGAUCCUUACAAGUU